AUGCUAAUGUUGAGACGAGCCUGUCUCUUGUUCAAACCCAGUUGUGUUACUGUACGAACAAUCUCUUCUUCUUCUUCUUCUUCAAGUUACAUCGAUCGUCAUAUUAGUGUGAUUCUUUGCGACAAGCUCUCGACUUUAGAAUCUCUGCGUAAACACAACGCACUUAUCAUCACCGGAGGAAACUCAGACAAUGUCUUCGUCGCUUCGAAGCUAAUUUCAUCUUACGCUUCUUUCGGGAAACCCAAUAUAUCUUCAAAAGUCUUCGACUUGGUUAGUCAAAGAGAUGUGUUUCUAUGGAACUCUAUCAUCAAAGCACAUUUCUCCAACGCAGAUUAUCCACGAGCGUUGGAUUUCUUCUUCUCGAUGCUAUUGUCUGGCCAAUCGCCUGAUCAUUUCACUGCUCCGAUGGUUGUUUCCGCUUGUGCGGAGCUCUCGUGGUAUGAUGUUGGGAGUUUCGUUCACGGAUUGGUUUCGAAACAUGGGGGCUUUGAACGAAACUCUGCAGCUGGAGCGUCUUUUGUUUACUUCUACGCCAAGUGUGGGCGUUUAGAAGAUGCGUGUCUUGUGUUCGACGAAAUGCCUGAGAGAGAUGUGGUUGCUUGGACUGCGAUUAUAUCUGGGCAUGUUCAGAACGGGGAGAGCGAGAGAGGUCUUGAAUAUCUCUGCAAGAUGCAUAGUGUUGGUUCUGAUGAUGAAAAGCCGAAUCCCAGAACAUUGGAAUGUGGGUUCCAAGCUUGUGCAAAUUUGAGCGCUUUGAAACAAGGAAGGUGUCUUCAUGGGUUUACGGUAAAAAAUGGUUUAGCUUCUUCUAACAUUGUCAAGUCUUCGACUUUUUCGUUGUAUACAAAAUGUGGGAAUCCAGCUGAGGCUUAUCUUUCUUUUCGUGAGCUUGGUGAUGAAGAUAUUUUUUCAUGGACAUCGAUUAUAGCUUCAAUGGCGAGAUCAGGGAACAUAGAGGAAAGUUUUGAUAUGUUUUGGGAAAUGCAGAGAAAGGGAAUACAACCAGAUGGGGUUGUCAUUAGCUGUUUGAUUAAUGAGUUAGGUAAGAUGAUGCUUGUCUAUGAAGGUAAAGCCUUUCACGGUUUCGUCAUAAGGCAUUGUUUUUCUUUAGACGGUACAGUUUGCAAUUCGUUGUUGUCCAUGUACUGCAAAUUUGAGCUUCUCCCUGUGGCUGAGAAGCUUUUCUGUAGGAUACGUGAAGAAGGAAACAGAGAAGCUUGGAAUACGAUGGUUAAAGGCUACGGUCAAUUGAAAUGUGACGUAAAGUGUAUCGAGUUAUUUAGACAGAUUCUGAAUAUUGGAAUUGAAAUUGACUCUGCUAGCUUGGCCUCUGUCAUAUCUUCAUGUUCCCACGUAGGAGCGGUGCUACUGGGGAAGUCGUUGCAUUGCUAUGUUGUCAAAACUAGCUUGGAUCUUACCAAUUCUGUGGUCAAUUCCCUCAUUGAUUUGUAUGGAAAGAUUGGAGAUUUGACUGCCGCUUGGAGGAUGUUUUGUGAAGCAGAUAAGAGCAUUGUCACUUGGAACGCAAUGAUUGCGUCUUAUGCUCACUGUGAGCAAUCCGACAAAGCCAUUGCGUUAUUCGAUAGAAUGAUUUCUGAGAAUUUCAAACCCAGCUCGAUAACUUUGGUGACUGUUCUUAUGGCUUGUGCCAAUACUGGAUCUCUGGAGAGAGGGCUAAAGAUUCAUCGGUACAUCACUGAAACAGAGCACGAGAUGAAUCUUUCUCUCACAACUGCUCUGAUUGACAUGUACGCGAAAUGCGGACAGCUUGAAAAGUCACGACAACUGUUUGAUGCUGCAAAUCAAAAGGACACCGUAUGUUGGAAUGUAAUGAUCUCAGGGUAUGGAAUGCACGGAAAUGUCGAAUCGGCGAUAGAGCUAUUUGAUCAGAUGGAAGAGGCCGAUGUUGAACCAACGGGGACUACGUUUCUCGCUCUUCUAUCAGCUUGCACUCACGCUGGUUUAGUUGAACAAGGCAAAAGCCUUUUCCUCAAGAUGCAUCAGUGCAACUUGAAACCAAACUUGAAGCAUUACUCUUGUCUAGUGGAUCUUCUUUCCCGGUCUGGUAAUUUGCAGGAAGCUGAAACCACGGUCAUGUCAAUGCCAUUCUCACCAGACGGAGUUAUAUGGGGGACUUUGUUGAGCUCAUGCAUGACUCAUGAGGAGUUUGAGAUGGGAAUACGAAUGGCAGAACUUGCGGUUGCUAGUGAUCCUCAGAACGAUGGUUAUUAUAUAAUCCUUGCGAACAUGUAUAGCGCUGCGGGUAAGUGGGAACACGCAGAAAGGGCACGAGAGAUGAUGAAGGAAAGUGGAGUUGGGAAGAAAGCUGGAUAUAGUGUAGUCUAGUAGAAAUUUUUAAUAGUGCAAUCCAUCAUCUUCGGUGGUUAAUUUUUCUAAUUACAGUGCAUG